CUUCCUAAUCUUUCUCAUUCUUAGUUCAUCACUCAUUUCACCAUAAUCCUAAUUUUUUAUUUUCCUUUCCUUUUAUAUUAAAUAAAUAAUAAUAAUAAUAAUUAAUUUCCCUUUAUAAAAACCCAUUUUCUUUUUCUUUUUCCUCAAAGAAAACUAAAACUAAACCCUGUUUUCUUUUUCCAAACCAUAACCAACCAUAAUCAGUGUCACUGUGCCGUCACCGUCUUUUCAUCUUCCGUAAGUAACAAUCUAACCGUCGAUGUCGAACCGCUUCAAUCCCGAUCUGGCCGAGAAUGAUCCGACGUCGUUUUCACCUCGAUCGCUCUAUCUUCGUUAUUUAUCAUCGCUAUCGCAAAACCAAAACCAGAACCAAAACCUGAACCUGAACCAGAACAAUCAAAGUAAUGAGGUUCGAUUUUCACCUCAAAUUCAAAACCCUAGUGGUGAGAAUCAAACCCUAGAAGAUGUUUUUUCUCGUCUUUCUGUUAAUAAUGUUAAUAAUCAAUCUUAUGGUUAUGGUGUUGGUGUCAAUUCUGUUGUUGAUUCCCCUUAUUAUAACUAUGGGAUUCAAGCUCGUGAAACAACUGGUUUCAAUAGACCUAAUAUUGUUAACGGUGGCGGGGUAAUUUCUCCCCCGCCGCAGAAUCUUUUUAUCAGGUCUGAUAAUAGAGAUGUCUAUGGGUUUAAUGGGUUUAAUAAUGAUUAUGCUGUUUUAGCUAGGCAAAGUGGUUAUGUUGGUUAUGGUAAUGGGGGUGUUGUUGGUGGUGGUGGUGGUGAUGAAUUGCUUGGAAAGAUUCAAUUUGGUUUGAUGAAUGAAUCCUCUGUGCAGAAUGUUUCUUGGGGGGUUAAUGUUAAUGAUGUUGUGAAUGUGAAUAAUGUGAAUGGAAGGAAUUCACAUUGGUUUGACGAUUUUCGUGGGAGGGUUUUUUCAAUGGCUAAGGAUCAUCAUGGAAGUAAGAUUUUGCAGGAUUUGAUUGAUAAUUUCAAAGGUGAAGCUGUUUAUUACAUUUUCUUGGAGCUGAUAAGUCAUAUGGUUGAGCUCAUGCCUGAUCCAGCUGGUAGUCAGGUUGUUCAAAAGAUGGUUGGAUUUUGCAAUCAAGAUCAACAGACUAGGAUUGUUUUGAACAUCACUAACCAUAGUCUUCAGUUGAUCAAAAUUUGCCUUAAUCUUCAUGGUUCUCGUGCUGUUGAGAAGCUGUUGGAGAAGGUUACCACCAGACAACAAAGAACUCUAAUUAUGUCAGCUUUGACUCCAAGUGCUAUUUUGAUGUCUAAGGAUAUAAAUGGUCACCGUGUGGUUCUUCAUUGUUUGAAAAAUUUCCCACAUGAAGAAACUAAGCAAUUCCUGUAUGUUCUUGCAAAAAACACUUUGUCAAUUGCAAAAGAUAAGACCGGAUGUUGUGUGCUGCAGUAUUGUGCUAGCCAUACUCAAGGAGAAGCUAAGGAUCACCUGAUCGAUGACAUUGUCCUUAAUGCACCACUAUUAGCAGAAGAUUGUUACGGCAACUAUGUGAUUCAACAUCUAUUGUCUCUGAAAAUUCCCAGAGUCUCGAACAACUUAUUCAGUCAGCUUAAAGGACAAUUUAUAUAUCUUGCCUGCAAUAAAUAUGGCAGUAAUGUAGUGGAAAAAUUUUUCCAAGACGCAGGAGUUAAUCUAUCUGCACACAUCAUUGUGGAGUUGCUUCGUGAUUCAAGUGUAUCAAGGCUCCUUGUGGAUCCAUAUGGAAAUUAUGUCAUCAGUUCGGCAUUGACAAGAUUUAAGGGUGCUCAUAACAUUAAGAAUGCCCUGCUGCAGCUGAUCCAAACUAAUUCUCAAAUGAUGCGUACCAAUAUGUAUGGCAAAAAGUUGCUUGAUAAGUUUGAGGGAAGAAAUCAGUAUCUAUAAACAUAGUGUUUCAUACCUACUAGGAGUAACCCUUUUUAUGUAUCUUCUUUUGUUUAUUUGUUUAUGUUCCUGUUUCUUUUACCCUGGUACGUACUAAUUAUGUCUUAGGCAGUUAUUAAAAAAAAAAUUGUGUCUUAGGCAGUUAUCCCAUAAAAAAAAUCUAGUGUCUUUAAGCUGUUAUCCCCCCCCAAAAAAAUAGUGUCUUAGGCUAUGUGUGUCUGUUGUUUCAUUAGUUUCUUUUUCAGAUUUUUGUUGUUGUUGUUGGCAUGGAAGGACUUAGUUUGUGGAACAGUUUAUAUUGGACUAGAGAGGACAGUGCUCAGCAGCUGUAUAGGAGUUUACCUCAUGUGUGUUUAUUGCAAUGGAAGCUGUAGCGGGUCUCACAAGUUAUGAUAUCUAGAGCUGUAUUUUUUGUGACUUUACUGUUAUUGUUGCUCUAUAUUAUGUGUCCAAUAAGAGAAUAAUGUGGAUUGAUAAAUUUAGGUGACUCUUUGUUCCUUGUAACUUUGUCCUGUGGGUCGUUUUGUCUUUGUCCUGUGGGUCGUUUUGUUUUAGAUUUUUGCAGAAUUAUAAGUUUGGAUCAAAACUUGGUAGAAUAAUAUGUUAUGACUUUUUUGUUUACAAUUGUUCAUUUCUACUC